AUGUACCGCGUCGUUACUGACAACUAUCUCCAUUUCUUCCGUUUGUUGGAUGAUGUUAUCGGUGCCGAAAAUGGUCUUCUGCGUACGGACUGCCAAAUCAGUCAGACGAAACGGUCUCAGCUUGGAAAGCGCUUUGACUACAUUGGCACGGAAAUACUUUAUCCAGGCCCAUCUAUGACCAGCUGCAAUGUCGCCGCGUCUACCAUCCUCUCAGGCACAGAAGCUAUGCACGAUGGAGAAGUAAAGGAGGUCUUUGUCACACUGAAAGCACCGACACCCUUCAAACUUUUUGAAGAUGAGAAUGCAGUGCAACUGCUUUUCCUGGACGUCCUCCUCACGCGCAGAUCCAAUGGGGAACUCUGCACCACGGUUCAUAGAAAGUCUACUAAUACAGUCCAGAAGCUCAACUCCCUAAGCAACCACCCAAUGGCGCAUUUACCCGGCAGUACUAGAGCGGUCUUUCGUAAAGUAAAAAUACGCUGCAGUGACGAGUGCGAGAUCGACAACAUCUUCGAGACCAACUAA